UUCACGGAGCGCUUAUCUCCUCCGUGGCAUCCUUGUUUCUCUCAAGUCCUCAAAUGUGCGACUCUCACCGUCGGCACAAACAGAGGAUGUGGUGGCCCACUUCACAUUAACGGCGCACGGUAAUACGAGGAUGAAGAGAUAAAAACACAGCUUGUUGAAGUCCCAGUUAAGUCAAAUGAAAGUGGAGUGAAAAUGUUUGCUGUUGACUGAAGUCCACUCCAGCAAACAAAAUGAAGAGGAGGCUGCUUCGUGGUUUCCUGUCGGAAGUUUCCGUCCGGAUGGCUCUGUUGCUUGUGUUCCUUGUGACGGAGCAGCUUCCUCCUUUCUACCGUGAGAUCCAGCCAGAGGAGAUGUGGUUGUAUAAGUUCCAUCGUGUGGCGAGAGACCAUGUACCCACCGCUCUUAUGUUUAGUGUGGCGGUGUUCACCCCGCUGAUUGUAAUCGUGGUUUUCGCCUUCCUGAAGAAGUCAGAGCGAGGAGAUCUGAAGGAGGCCACGCUGGCUGUGACUUUGACUCUGGUGCUGAACGGAGUCUUCACAAACGUCAUCAAACUGGUUGUCGGCAGGCCACGGCCAGACUUCUUCUAUCGCUGUUUCCCAGACGGUCAGAUGAACCUGGAGUUGCGCUGCAGCGGUGACCCAGAUGUAGUCAUGGAGGGCAGGAAGAGCUUUCCCAGCGGGCACUCUUCCUUUGCCUUUGCAGGUUUGGGUUUCACAGCGCUGUACCUUGCAGGAAAGCUGCGCUGCUUCAAUGCAGCGGGCCAAGGCAGAGCGUGGCGGCUGUGUGCCUUCCUCACACCUUUACUCAUCGCGACUGUGAUCGCCCUCUCCAGAACCUGCGACUACAAACACCACUGGCAAGAUGUAUUAGUGGGUUCUCUGCUGGGUCUCGUCUUCGCCUGGCUGUGUUAUAGGCAGCACUACCCUCCUCUUCAGGACGCUGACUGCCACAGACCUCUCCGUCACAGAGAGACUGUCCCCGCGGCACAGGAGCGCAAGCUGGCCAACUCCACCUACAUCCUGCCCCUGUAGAACAGCUGAAACUGUUACUGGUGUCAGUCAUACUGGGUUACAUGGUAAUCCUCCUGGUUUUCACACCCUUAGGGCUGGGCAGUUUAUCCGUAUUUAUUGUUUAUCGUCAAUCAUUGUAACUGUAAAGUGACGUGGUUUAUUUUCUGAACUAAAAAGACUAAUGACACAUCUCUUCUGAAUAGAUUCUUAAACACCUGAGAAUUGCUGUAAAGAACAACUCCAGUUUAACAACGACAACUUGAAUUGUUGAAACCCAAACAAACAUCAUUACAUAUAAAAGUUGUCAACGAUGGAGGGCCUGGUGAAUAUCAUGACAACGCCCAGCCCUGCACACCAUGUGUACUGUGCCUCUAGAUCACAAAACUUUAAACACUCACAACAGCUGAGCACGUCGACUACACAAGCACUGCACUAAUAGUCCACUGCCCAUCAACCGCAGGCUCAGCUGCUGCGAGGCAGCUUCUCAUGUAGGGUCACGAUUGGUGAUUGUUUUGUAAACUUUUUCAACAAGCAGGGUUGAUGGAAAAACAUUCAGUAUUGUUGUUUUUGAUCAUUUUCUGGCAUUUAUACGACUAAAUACUUAAUUAAUAAGUGAAUCUAUAGACGAUUUAAGAUAAUAGAUAACGAAAAUAAUCAUAAGUUUCAGCCCAAGCUCAAGAAGAUCCAUUUAUUAAUGACUGAGCGCUGUCAACUGCAUCUCAAAGUCUUCUCAGGCAAAUGGAGCCAGUUUAGGUGUGAUCCUAAGAUUUGAAUGUGAAACAAGAACUCUGGACAACAGAAUCAAUGAGCACCAUGUGACCAGAAGUCAGAGGUCAGACAAUUAAAAGUUAGAGGUGAACAUCCUUUGAACCAACAGAAAGCAUACCUCACCCACAAAAUUACCAUUUUACAUUAAUUACUCACCAUGUGUCACCUUGAAAUCGUGAAGAAAACGUCGUUCUUCUUGCGUGCCUUCACAAUGAAUGAAGAAUCCAAAACAGGCGAGCAGUCUUCGUGAAUUGAAGAAAUGGGGACCACAUUUAAAAACAGCAGAACUAUAUCAAAACAUCCAUUCACAAACUCUCACACAACUCGUGCAGUAUAACUUAAGUCUCAUCCAGUUUUAUGCUCAGUACUUCCCAAACACAUGCAUUUUGUUAAAACGUUACGAUUUAAAACACCUCUGCCUGCCAAUAGCGCGCCCUGAGCGUACCUAAGCACACAUGUGUAUGAGCUUAGCUUGAGCAGAAUUCAAGGCCUUUGUACUGACGUGUUUUAAAUCAUAAUGUUUUAGCGAAAAUGCAUGUGUAGGAAAAGUUCUGAGCACGUGACUGAAUAAAUGAGAUUUAGAUUAUCCUGCAUGAGUUGUGUGAGAGUUUCCAAACAGAUGUUUUGAUAUACUGUAGUUUUGCUGCAGUCCUCAUUUACCUCAAGAAUGUUCUCCUUUUUUGGAUUCUUCGUUCACUUCAGACAUGGCAUGCAAGAACAAAUUUAACAUAACAUCAUAGCAACGUCAUUUUGUUGGUGAAGUAUUUGUUUGAUUAUGUGCCUGAAUAUUUAAAUUUGGGUCAUGUGAUGCUCCAUACUCUGAAGAAGACUGAGAUAAAGUUGAUGAAUAAUAAGCAAGUAGACCUUUGAGUUUAGAUUAUGUGCACCAUGUAGUUUCUUUUUCUUUUGUUGACAGCGAUGAACUGGUGGAGUAAAGGCCUUUGCGCAUCGGGUCUGUCUGUUUUUUCGGAUGCGUUUUUUUUUAAAUCUGUCAUCUAAAAAAAAUCUUCACGCAGAGAAACCUUACACACUGAUUCCGAUGCGUUUUAUUUUUCUAUUUGUUGUGAAAAUUCGCAAAAUGAAAUGACACAUUUCUUCCUUUGCCUCUCUCCACUGGAGUUACCUAUCUGGCUGUCACCACUCCCUCCUUGUCUUUCAUUUGGCACCGCGGCUACAUGAAGGGGCGGAGCUGUCCUCCCUCUCUGUCUCCACAUCCUCCUCCUCCUCUUCAUCAUCAUCCACCUGAAUAUUACUAUCUAACCUGCUGAACGUAGCUAUCUGAGUCAUGAAAUGAUUCUGUGCGCCCAGUUUCUCUGUCUUGUCGCAGCUGUGCCCCACCGCCACAUUUCCUUCAAUGAUUCUUGGGGUCAAACGUCUCUGAAGGCUCUGGCAGAUGCGAGAAAUGCAGAAAAUUGGACCUGUUGUGAAAAUUCUAACGAAAGUUUCAGACUCAGUGUGCAGGCUCCAUUACAACUCACAAGGUUUACCAACAAAACAACUGUCAUACCAAACAUGUUUUCCAAACAAAUACAACAUGCUAACGUUAUUAGCACAAGCCUGUGGCAUUUUACAUUGCAAAAAUUAGCCUAGCAACGAGCAGAGAUUUCCUCUGCUCACAUGAAGCCAGGAUAAAUCACACACAAUGUUGUUUUGUCAAGGCUUUAUUGUUUUUACAAUUUAUUGUUUCUUAAAAUAAAAGCUUCGUUUCCACUGAGGGAAAUGGUUUCAGCUUACAAACAUAGACAGGAGGUCUGCGCCGUCACGAGGCGUAGUUACAUUUCUUGGAAGGUGUACAUCAGGCUACGGUGUAGGGUACAGCGUCAAUUCAAUGCAGACGUAUAAAUUCAGCCGUAGUGUACAAAGGCCUUAAGAGGUGUUUAUGUGGGCUGUUUGUGUCGUAACAGUAGAGCUGUCACAGUAUAUGUCAUUGAUAAACAUUGUACUUUAAUAUCUGAAAAAAGGCCCCUUUCCUAAACCAGCUGGGCACUGUAGUUUUUAGCAAAUCAACCAGGAGUGAAUAGUGCAUCGCUGGGGACUAUUUUCAGCUGCGGAUGAAUACACAUUUAGUGCCCAAGUUGCUUUCUGACUGUGGCACAGAUAAAUGAGGAAUGUUAGGCUCUAUCUACACAGACGACACUUGUUUGUAGUAUCAGUUCAUUAUUGGUGUUUUUUGUUUGUUGACAACAAGAGAGAAAACAGUUGAAAAGAAAGAGACUGUGUCAUAAAACCUCUGACAUUUGACAACAUUUAUAUCACAUCAGCAGAUCCCACCCCUGACUGUCGGCACCUUUAUGUUUAAAGCGGGUUAAUCCAAUCCACUUGGUCGGCUUCAUGUCAUCGAUCUCCCCAUGGCUCAGCUGUUUCUGUCAUCAGUGCUUUAAAUCUCUCCGUCUUCCUAUAUUAUAUUUUGAUUGUUUCCAUUCACAGAUUGUUUGAUUUAUAUCUGUAAAGGGUGUCAUACGCCCUGUCCUCAGUACCGAUGUAGCAGCUCCGCUCAUCUCCUCCCACGGUCCUCGCAGUGCUCGCUGUACUUGAUAAUCACAUCUUUGCUCCAACUGGACAGCACAUGUGCUCAUAUAGUUAAUGUGACUGUAAUACGAGUGGUCUCAGGCUUACUGUAGGUCUGGGUUUAGUGACUCUCCUGACUCCUCUGCCGACACGAUGCAGGUGUGAAUGAGACGCGGUGUGCGGGGAGUUUGGGGGACGGUAAAACCAGAUCUUUCUGAUGAACCUGAGUGAGGUCAGACUGUAACCUCUCCAGGUGAUGGUGCUAGCCUCCCAGUGCUCCUGCUGGUCAGGUCUUCUAUCCUGUUAAUAGUUUUACUGGCACGUUAAGUUUUUCUCUCUGGUAGUUUUCAUCCACUUUCAUUUCAGACAGGGAAUGCUAAAGCCUGUGAUUCAUCUAUCAUUUUAUGUGUACUUUCUGCGGUCUAUUUUUUCCCGUUUUAUUUAUUUGUUACGUUGUUUGAGGUUGGUUUUCAACUGGAAAAAAACAUCAACUUGUUAUGUCGAUGGUUGAAACGUGAGAAACAACUAAACCUCUUCGUGUUUCUGUUUCGAGUGUGAAACCGGCCAAAGUUUUGCAGGGUUAAAGCACUUUUGCUUGUCGCUGUGAUUCGAGCUUAGAGCGGCUGGAUCACGGCAGUUUAAGACCAAACAUGGCAGAAAAAAACAGAUGAAUUUGUGCCUUUGUUUACUACAUUACUUUAUUACUCUUAGUUUCUGAAUAAGGCAUAUAGUGCAUGUAACAGAGUACGCUCUCUGUCACAUUGUGGACACAUCUUUGCUCUGAAUCUUUGUGUUUUUAUUGUUUUACAGUGUACAGGAGUCAUCUGGGAAGACAUGUUUAAAUGUGGCAUGCUGCUUUUGUUUACCUCAGAAAAAAUCUUUAAGUACUUUCCAUAAAUUUUAUCUUUGAUGGAGUCAAAUGUGAAGAUUUCUGGGUGGGAGCAUGUCAAAGUUACAACAGAGAGAGUCACUUUUCAGACAAAUAAUAUCUUAAUUUACUUGCUGGAUCUUACAGGUAUUUAUGAGAUGAUGUACAGGUCUAAGUGUUUUUAAUUUUGGGGCAUGUAGGAGUUUACUUGAAUUUUGAAUAUUUGUUUGUUUACCUUAAAUGUGAUGAUGUUAUAUCAUGAAAAAAGGAAUCGUGUUUGUGGGCACAUGGUUUUCUGGGGAAUCUCUCAAACAAAAAUAAUGUUCAUUAGACUUUGCUGCAUUUUGAUAAAACCCUGCAUGUUUCACAGCUAAAUAACAUCAUACUUUCUUCAUUACUUCCCUCCAAGUCAACACAUCUCCAUCUAUUUCUGUUAAUUUAUGUGACUUUCAGUACAUGAAUACUGUAUCGGGUUGUUGAUCAUGUCUAGACUGAAGAUUUUCUGGGAUGAUGCUGUUUAUUUAUGUCACACUCAUGAUAAUUUGCCUUGGCUUGUAAGACCAUAUAGCAGCUGCUCAUGCUGAUACCGUACCCUGAUUGUACAUGUUGUGAUGCUUUUAAUGACUCUUUUGGUGACACUAAAUGAUGUUUAUAAAUAAUCCUGCAAUACA